UCUUUGCAUUGAAGCAAAAGUUUAAAUUUCUGUACAGCUUGAUUACUGCAAAGAGGUAACCAACAAACUGAAAGCAAAUGGUAUUCGCGGUGAACUUUGCCACGGUGAACGCCUACCAAAACUGAUUAGAAAUUCAGAGAUGCUGAAAAUCCCAUUGAUGGCUGUUGUCGGUGCCAAAGAAGUUGAAACUGGCACUGUUACAGUAAGAUCCAGGUUUGGUGGGGAUCUUGGCACUAUGGCAAUUGAUGAUUUUGUCAGUACAAUCAAGUCGGCCAUUGAAAGCAGAGCGUCAAUUUGAAGUGCUUGUAGUUGCUGAAGGGUGGUCAUCCUAUUGAUUUUGAAAGGUUUCUAGUCACAUGAAAAGGCAAAAACGAAGCAGAGUUGAUAACUAGGAGCAAUUUUGUUGCAUUUGUCCUGUACCAUAGUAGCAUUGUACCCAUUUAUUGUUUAGUCAGUGCCGAGAUGGAUUCAUCAUAUUGAAAGAUUCAUUUGCAGUGAGAGCUUGAAGUUGGCAACGAUGCAGAAAGGUAAUCAAAGCUUGAAUCUUGUCAAAGAGCUCAUGCUUCCCAAAUUCAUUACAGGUUGCACUUAUAUUUGUAUGUAUUCACAGACCAAGGGGCAAUAAUGUCAGCCAGACGUCGAUUAAAAGUUUACCUGGUUUGCGUUUGGAACUGGAUGGCCUGAUGAAACAUUGUUUUUUUUUUCUUUCUUUCUCUUUUCAUACUUCUUUUAUACCUAUCGACGUUGAUGUUUUCUUGCUGUACUUUGAAAAAAAUUAACAGUCGAUGAUGACUUUUUAGUGGAAGGGUGAUAAAAGAUUGAUUGUGCAUACAAGGGGUUUGUGUGGCUCAAUUUCAAACCUUUCAUUUAUUUGAUCGAGUGGUCCUAACAUUAUUUAUUAAUGUCCAAGCCAUAGAGCUUUCCAGGAUAACCAUUCAAAAUAUCCAAUUUGCGUGGUGAUAUGAGACUUUCUAAUGUGCAUUAAAUGUAAUAGAGCAAUGAAUUAAUAAGCUUUACCCUUGUUGGAGGCCAAUAAGCUCUUCCACACACGUAGGUUCUCAGAAAAAGCUAGACAUGCAUAUUUGUACAUGUGAGAGGUUAGAGGUGCAAAAGCCUGGUUAGCAGGUAAAUUAAGAAACUAUAGCACCUAAAGUUGGAGGAUAAUUUGAGGAGUUGAAGAAAUCAUCACCAAAAAAAUGAGGACCUCAUAGAUUUAGUCCACAUAAAAUUAGGUUCAAGAUUUUGUGGUUUUCAGCUUCCUUAACUACACUACAUAACGAAACUCUUCAUUGAAAAAGUACUCGAGGUUAUUAGAAUUUAGAAGCUCAAACUUGUUAUACGAAAGAAGCCUCACAUGGGUUCAAAAUUUAUUCUUGGAACUACAUUCUUUUUGUUCUUGAUAUCAUUUUCCAUAAAAGCCAGAGCUGCAGAUUUUGAUAUCAAGAAGUAUGGAGCCAAGGCUGACGGCAAGACAGAUGAUAGCCAGGCUAUUAAUAGUGCUUGGAAAGAAGCAUGCGCAUCCACAACUCCGAGCACGGUUGUGAUAGCAAAAGGAAACUACAUGGCUGGUCCAGUGAAGUUUCAAGGGCCCUGCAAAGCACCGGUUAGCAUUCGGGUUGAAGGAACCCUGCAGGCUCCGGCAGAGCCAGAAAAGCUCAAGUCACAAGAUGGUUGGGUUGUUUUCCGAAAUAUUGAUGGGUUAACAGUCUCAGGAGGUGGCACUUUUGAUGGCCAAGGAUCAGUAGCUCGGUCCAAAAAUGAUUGUGCCAAAACUGGAAAAUGCAACUCACUGCCUAUAAACAUAAGAUUCACAGGGCUUACCAAUUCACACAUUCAAAACAUAACAACUUUGAACAGCAAGCUGUUCCACAUAAACGUCUUGAACUGCAAAAACCUGACACUUCAACAUGUGAUCAUCACCGCCCCUGGUGAAAGCCUAAACACAGAUGGAAUCCACAUUGGCCGGUCAUCGAACAUCAACAUCACCGGCGCAGAGAUCAAAACCGGCGAUGAUUGCAUCUCUCUUGGCGAUGGAAGCCAGCAAAUAAACAUUGAAAAGGUGAAGUGCGGGCCGGGCCACGGUAUCAGCAUUGGGAGCCUAGGCAGGUACCAUGAUGAACAACCUGUCACAGGAGUCACAGUGAGAAACUGCACCAUAUCAAACACUUCAAAUGGCGUGAGGGUCAAGACAUGGCCAGCUUCUCCAAAUGGUGUGGCCUCAGAUUUGCACUUUGAGGACAUAAUUAUGGAAAAUGUGAAGACCUCCCCUGUUCUUAUAGACCAAGAAUACUGUCCAAAUGGCCAAUGCCAAGCAAAAAUCCCGUCGAAAGUUAAGAUCAGCAAUGUGAGCUUCAAGAACAUUAGGGGCACUUCUGCUGAUCCUGUUGUUGUGAAGCUUGCUUGUAGCAAAGGCAUUCCUUGCCAGAAUGUGCAAAUUAGUGACAUCCAUUUGACAUACAAUGGGAAAAAUGGUGCUGCCACAUCUGUAUGUACUAACGUCAAGCCCACUAUGACUGGCCAAAUUUUUCCACCUGCUUGUGCAAAGACUGCAGCUUAAUUUGCUGCAGCUUUAAGGUGAUUUAAUUGCAUCUUAAAGAGAUGAUUAAAAGAAAUUAGUAGGAAUUUAGAUGAAAAUAAUCUGCAGGGCGCCCCUUCCAUGCUCAAUUGGAAUGGUGGGUGGUGGACUACACAUAUGCAACAGUAUAGAUGUCAUCUUCUGUAUACAUGUAUUAUGGAUUUAGAUUAAUGUACUAUUGUUAUUCAUGGGAAAGAAAUAGUAGAGAGAUGUAAAACUUACUCACUGUUAA